UUGGAUCUGCCAGAAAUCAAAGGCCAGUACGGACAACUGUAUGGUCAGCCGUUGAAGUCAGACGUGGAGAAGGAAACAAGUGGAGACUACAGAGACACUCUCAUCAAGAUUAUUGACAAAGUUGGAGAGGAGAAACCCAGCCCCAAGAAGAAGAAAGAGCAUGAUGAUCCAAUUAAUGAAAAUGAUGAAGAUGCUGUGAAACUGCACAAAGCAAUGAAAGGGCCUGGAACAAAAGAGGAUGUCAUCAUUGAAGUUGUUACACGAAACUCAAACAGUCAGAGGCAGACAGUCAAGAAAAGAUUCACUGAAAUUUAUGAUAAGAAUCUGGUGGAGACCUUUAACAACGAGCUAAGUGGAGACUUCAGAGAGGUGAUUCAGUCACUGAUGAUGCCACCUGUGGACCUUGAUGCUUACACAUUGAACAAAGCUAUGAAAGGUCCUGGCACAAAUGAGAAGGCCCUUAUUGGUGUUAUCUGCUCCAAGUCAGCAGCUGAGAUGAAUGACAUUAAAAACGUCUACAAGAAAGAAUACAAGAAAGAUCUAGAGUCAGCUUUGAGGAGUGAGACUAAUGGAGAGCUUAGAGACUUCCUUGUUGAUCUUGUUAGUGGAAAGAAAGAGAAAGAUACCAAAGUGGACCAGAAGAAAGCAGAGGAAGAUGCAAAGAAAUUACGUGGG